CGUACGCUCUUGAGACGAUCGCUACGUGUGCCCGUUCGUUAUCGGCCGUAAAAAAAAUCGCUGGCGAAUUUCAAUCGCCGCGAUUGGGGCGGAAAAAUACGCUCGUCUGUCUAUAGCAUAACCUUAUUGUAUAAUGACGUGUAAGCUUCAGAUAUGAGUUACUCGGGUAGGAGACGGUCCACGUCAAUACUUUGCUUAAAAAAUGGCGGAUAUCUGAUUCCGGCAGAUAAGACGUAAUUAAAUUGUUGAUUUAAUAUACAGUACCGGCGUAUAAGUUCAUUGCAGAUUAUUAGUAUCUAUUAUUUAAUGUUUAAUUAAAUACGAAGAAACAACAAAUGAUUUAAGACACUGCAAGAGCGAAGAUCAGGAGAAAAGCUGACAAUGUCAAAGCAUUCUGUUUCCAAAAAAAACUAUCAAUGUGAUAUUUGUGGUAAAUCACUAAGUGACUCUACAAGUUUAAAUAGUCAUAUUAUGAUUCAUACUGGAGAGAGGCCAUUUAAAUGUGAUGUUUGUAAAAAAUCAUUUAGGGACCCUUCUGGUUUGAAUAGACAUAUUAUGAUUCAUACUGGCAUGAAACCACAUAAUUGUGAUGUGUGUGAUAAAUCAUUUACCACUAAUAGCGCAUUGGGUGUACACAUCAGAAUCCACAGUGGAGCAAAACCCUUUUCUUGUAAUGUUUGUAAAAAAUCAUUCAGUCAUAAGUUCAGAUUGAAUUCACAUGCCCGGACCCAUACUGGGGAAAAACCCUUUUCUUGUGAUGUUUGUACAAAAUCGUUUACAGAAAGAUAUACACUACAGCUACACCUGAAAAGUCAUACUGGAAAAAACCUUUUUUUUUGUGAUGUUUGUAAAAAGUCUUUUACCUCUAGUAGUGGUCUACAUGUACAUGCAAGAAUUCACACGGGAGAAAAACCCUUUUCUUGUGAUGUUUGUAAAAAGUCUUUUACCACUAGUGGUGGUCUAAAGAAACACACCAGAAUUCAUACUGGUGAAAAACCCUUCUCUUGUGAUGUUUGUAGUAAAUCAUUUACAACUAGUUUUAAUCUGCAUCGACACACCAGAACUCAUAUUAUGAUCAACACCAAAACUCAAGUGAAACCAUAUAAAUGUGAUGUUUGUGAUAAAUCAUUUAGUGAACCUUCUGUUUUAAAUAGACACAUUAUGAACCAUACUAGAAAGAAGCCAUAUAAAUGUGAUGUUUGUAGUAAAUCAUUUACCUGUAGUAGUCAUCAACAGAGACACACCAAAAUUCACACAGGUGAAAAACCCUUUUCUUGUGAUGUUUGUAGUAAAUCAUUUACUAGUAAAAGUUAUCUACAGCAACACGCCAGAAUUCACACAGGUGAAAAACCCUUUUCUUGUGAUGUUUGUAGUAAAUCUUUUGCCUCUAGAAGUGAUCUACAUGUACAUACCAGAUUUCAUACUGGAGGAAAUCCAUUUUUUUGUGGUAUUUGUAGAAAAUCAUUUACCACUAGUAGUAGCCUAAAUGUACACACUAGUAUUCAUACGGGAGAUAAACCCUUUUCUUGUGAUGUUUGUAGUAAAUCAUUUACCACGAGAACAUAUCUACAUGUACACACCAGAACCCAUACUGGCGAAAAACCCUUUUCUUGUGAUAUUUGUAGGCGAUCAUUUUUCACUAGAAGUAAUCUAAAACACCACACAAGAAUUCACACAGGUGAAAAACCCUUUAUUUGUGAUGUUUGUAAUAAAUCAUGUAGUACUAGUAGUCAUCUACAACGACACACCAGAGUUCAUACCGGUGAAAAACCCUUCUCUUGUGAUGUUUGUAGAAAAUCAUUUUCCUUGAGUAGUAAUCUACAGAGACACACCAGAAUUCACACAGGUGAAAAACCCUUUUCUUGUGAUAUUUGUAGUAAAUCAUUUGCCAAUAGCAGUAGUCUACAUAUACACACCAGAGUCCAUACCGGAUAAAAACCCUUUUCUUGUGAUAUUUGUAGAAAAUCAUUUGCCAGUAGUCGUACUCUACAUGAACACAACAGAACUCAUAAUGGAUAUAAACCAUAUAAAUGUGAUGUUUGUAGUAAAUCAUUUACCAUUAUUACUAGUCUACAAAUACACACAAGAAUUCACACUAGAGAAAAGCCUUAUUCUUGUGAUGUUUGUAGAAAAUCAUUUACCAGUAGCAGUGUUCUACAGCGACACAGAAGAACUCAUACGGGGUGAAAAAAAAUUUUCUUGUGCCUUCUGAUGUCAAGCUAAAGAAUUGAUAGUUCUCGCUAUAAUAGUUAAGCUCCACUCUGAACCGAAUUUAUUAGCUUUUCAAUUUUAGGCUAGCCGCGAUCAUCAUUAUUAAAGUCUGUACGAUAAAAAAACAAAAAGUCACUAGUAGUAGGGGUUUCAGGUCAAAGUUUCAAAUGACAGGAAAAAAAUUUUUAAA